AUGAAGGUCCUCUAUAUUGGUAUCCUCAAGAAUGAGACCAAACCCGCGAUCGAACUUUGCGCCGAGCGCGAUCUGUCCAGCUUCGGCCGCUUCACACGGGGAAGCGUCGGAGAGUUCAUGUCGUUCACAGCAAAGACAGUCGCUUCUAGGACACUACCAGGGCAAAGACAGGAUGUCGAGGAGUCAGAUUACACAUUCCACGCUUACGGUCGUUCCGAAGGCGUAUGCGGCCUCAUGAUCACCGACCACGAAUACCCCUCCCUCGUAGCCCACCAGCUUCUCUCCAAAGUUUGCGACGAGUUCCUCUCCAAAUACCCGCGCUCCGCUUUUGCCAACGCGACCGAAUCGGCCAACAUGUCUUACCCCGAGCUCAAAGACUACAUCGUCAAGUACCAAGACCCACAACAGGCCGACAGCAUAAUGAAGAUCCAAAAAGAGUUGGACGAGACCAAGAUUGUGCUACACAAGACCAUCGAGAGUGUGUUGGAGCGAGGAGAGAAGAUUGACAACCUGGUUCAGAAAAGUGAUGAGCUGAGUGCAUCGAGCAAGAUGUUCUACACACAGGUGAGUGUUCAAGAGCUGGCAACUGAAAGCUCGGUCAUGCUAACACAGUCACAGGCUAAGAAGCAAAACUCUUGCUGUAUUGUCAUGUAA